GGGCUUCUUCUUCCAAUUUCCAAUCUUUCCGUGUUCAAUCUAUUUCUAGAAUUCACAGUAUAACUUGAUCAGUAUAAUAGUGUCUAUUCCGCUUUGCAAUAAGUGUCAAAUACUCAAUCAAACCAACUCUUCUCCACAGAACGCAAAAUCACUUCGCUAAUUUCCACUACCACCCAACAUGAACGACAACGACAAACAAAUUAUGAUUGGAGUUCUCCAGCAGAUCGAGAGAGUUGAUUUCAAAGCCCUCGCUCAAUGUCUCCACCCCGAGCUCGAGCCUACAGAAAUCACUAGAGCCAUGGUUGAGAGUCUUCGAAUACGCUGGAAGGGUCUGAAGCAACGACACGGAAUCGAACCUCCUCCUGUCAGCCCCAAUGCCUCGCCCAAAAAAGGCGCAAACAGAGUUGGAGAUAGAGCUGGAAAUGGAAGCGGAAGAGGUAGAAAGCGAAAGGUCAUCAUCGAAGACAACGACGACUCCGAGACCCCGAGCCCGACGAAAAAGAAAGACAAAGGACAAGGCAAGGCAGUUGUGAAGUUGGAGGUCAGAGAUAAAGGGGACAAAGCGUUUGAGGAUGCUAUAUUUGCAUAUGGUCCCGACGAUGAGGCUUGAGAUAAUGGCUUGCAGGGUUUGAGAUUGUGCAGGGCUGAAGGAGACGUGCAUACACUGGUGGUUGGUGGCUUACAGGGGAUUGUCUGUGCUUUGCAUAAGGGGUGGAUAUGCGAGGAAAAGAAAUCAUGUUGCUAGAUUGUUCUGGGGAAUGAGAUGCA